UCAGAUUUAAAUGUCGAAGCUGAUGUGCAUUAGUCCACACUUUCCCUCUUACAGUAAAGUGGUUUAGAGAUUAAUUCAGUCCAGUUAUGCUGGAAGAUUGAGACUGAUAAUACAAUAUCAAGUGUCACUGAAUCAGAAUCAGACAGGUGGUAUGUUGAGCCUGAGUAGGGAAACAAGGACCAAAUGUGCUUGGAGUCAUCAAAGUACAGCAGUAUUUGUUGUGUUCGUUUUUCACUGUCUUUAAACACAUCUUUGUUUGGGCACAGUUGUAUACUGAAAGAAAAAGUACUCCACAGGGUUGGUUACCACUGCAAUAGAACAAUACAUUAUUUUGUUAACUGACUAACAACUAGGCUAUAUAAGCGAUCGGAGUUAGUUUAGCUUUUUAAUGCCAAUGUUCAAAACUCAUGCAUCUGAAAAUGACGGCGUUAGUGUGAACAACUGUAUCUUUGAGAGUUUUUCUUUUGUUCAGUCCAUCUGUCACCACGCAUUAUGUAAUAUCAGGUAGACUAUGCAGGAGGAAGGAGUAAUAAAAACAGAUAAACAAUCUUCUUAUCUGUUCUUUUCGGCAGAUAGACUUUACCAGAGCAAUAAGCUGAGCCUACACUUUCCGUCUGGUGUGUAUCACGGGGAAUUAUCUAUCCAGCAGUUUUACGUGGUGAUCAUUUUUAUCGGUAAAUAAUUUCCCCGGAUUAAUGAACUCCUCGAAUGUGUUGUUAUGUACGGCAAGCAGUAAACCCUCUUCCCAGGUCAGAUCCAAUGUUCAAAGUGCAUCUGAAACGGCUGCAGUUUGUAUUUUGACUGGUGCUGCUUUCAACGUUAUUUCGGUCUGGUGUGCUUCGGUGAAAGGGGGAUUCAGUCUGCAAACAUGGGAUACGAGGAGAACUGCGAGAAGUAUGUUGAGAGGAAAGGGAGGUUAACCACUGUGCUGGCCUUGGCUACCCUCAUCUCUGCUUUCGGCUCCUCUUUCCAGUAUGGGUACAACGUCGCGGUCGUCAACUCCCCGUCGCCGUUCAUCCAGACGUUCUACAACCAGACUUACAUGUAUCGCUAUGGGGAACCCAUGGACAGUAACUUCCUGACACUUUUGUGGUCCCUGUCCGUGUCCAUGUACCCCCUCGGUGGUUUCCUUGGGUCACUGAUGGUGGCCCCGUUGGUUAACAAAAUAGGACGGAGGGGCACUCUCCUCUUCAACAACAUCUUCUCCAUCGCCCCAGCGGUGAUGAUGGGGUUGAGCGAGGUGGCCAAAUCCUACGAGAUCAUCAUCGUCGCCCGCAUCCUCGUGGGCAUCUGCGCAGGACUGUCCUCCAACGUGGUGCCCAUGUACCUGGGCGAGCUCUCCCCCAAAAACCUGCGGGGCGCCAUCGGCAUCGUGCCUCAGCUCUUCAUCACCAUCGGCAUCCUCACCGCCCAGGUGUUCGGCAUAAGGGGCAUUCUGGGUAACAGCUCAGGUUGGCCCUUCAUGCUGGCUCUGACGGGCGUGCCCGCCAUCAUUGAGCUGUUCCUCUUGCCCUUCUUUCCCGAGAGCCCCAGGUACAUGCUCAUACAGAGAGGAGACGAGAAGACGGCUCGGAGAGACCUGCAGCGCCUCCGGGGCCGGGAGGAGGUGGACGAGGAGCUGCAGGAGAUGCGCGUGGAGGAGCAGUCGGAGCGGGCGGAGGGGCGCCUGUCCGUGCUGAACCUCUUCUCCUUCCGCUCCCUGCGCUGGCAGCUGGUCUCCAUCAUCGCCAUGAACAUGGGCCAGCAGCUGUCCGGCGUCAACGCGAUCUACUACUACGCAGACAGCAUCUACGCCUCUGCUGGUGUCCGGGAGAAUGACAUCCAGUACGUCACAGUUGGAACGGGGGCCGUCAACGUCUUCAUGACCAUAGCUGCGGUGUUCAUUGUGGAGGCCUCUGGGCGGAGACUGCUCUUGCUCAGUGGUUUUGGCAUCUGCUGUGGGGCCUGCAUCCUGCUGACCAUCGCCCUCACCUUCCAGACGAGUGUGGAGUGGAUGCCCUACCUCAGCAUCACCUGUGUGAUCAUUUAUGUCAGCGGACAUGCCAUUGGACCCAGCCCAAUUCCGUAUGUGGUUACCACAGAGAUGUUCCGUCAGUCGUCGCGGCCGGCAGCCUUCAUGGUCGCCGGCUCGGUCCACUGGCUGUCCAACUUCACCGUGGGCCUGGUGUUCCCCUUCCUCGAGAAAGGACUGGGGUCCUACAGCUUCAUCCUCUUCGCCUUCAUCUGCCUGGCCACACUGGCAUACAUCUGGUGGGUCAUCCCGGAAACCAAAAACAAGACCUUUCUGGAGAUCAGCCAGAUGUUUACGGAGAGAAACGGGACGGAGAUCCUGGUGGGCACCGAAGACCUGGACCUGAAGAAGGCGAAGCCCGGCAGCGGCUGGCAGGAGGAGACGAAGGUUACAGCCUUCUGAGGGAGGAGACAACACCAGGAGGAGGGGAAGGUCACGACCUUCUGAGGGAGGAGAGCACACCAGGAGGAGAGUGGCUGGCGCCCCUUGGUGUGUUUAUACAGUAUGUUGAGUUCGGAUAGAGCAGAGAUGUGAUCACCUUGUUGGUUCCUCCUUUUUUGGAUUACUAUGGAGUGCAGGAAUAUUGUUUUGUGUAUUUAUCUGUAUCAUAAGUUUUUAUGACUUGAUUACAAGGGCGGGGGCUGGGGUUGGGGGUUCAGAAAGAUUAUCAAUGGGGGAUAAAUUAUUAUUUUUCCAGUUUUAUGGUAAUCAUCUUCCAUGUACCUUUUGGAGGGUUGGGAUAGGAUUUGGAUUAUUUGCAGUCAAUUUAUGUAAAUGUUGCACAUACUGUAUCUCAUUUUGGCAUUUUUGGGGAGGGAUUCAAACCCUGAACCCCCCCUGGCUAUGUCUAUGGUGUGCAUAUUUGCAUUUUUCCAGCCAUGAAUGUUUUCACAUACAACUGAUAACAGUUACCGCCAGUGAACAUCACAAGCCACUGCAGGCACAGGACUCUUCCACUAAUCUGAUGGUAUUAAGAACAAUGUAAUGUAAUGUAAUCUCAAGGGUUUUCAUUUAUGCAGGCUAAUGCACCCAAAAGCAGCAACACGCUGCUGUAGAUUUCUUGUCAAGACAACAACAGAUUAUUGUUCGCAUUAGUACUUGUGCAUUACGUUUACCUUUUUCACAUUUAAACUUGUACUUUUACGUUCCAUUAUUAAACAACAAUGGAAAUAUUUAAUUUCUUUGCUCAAAGAGCAGGCAUUGCUGGGAGCAUCAUGAGCGAGUCCUUGUACUGUAUAUGUGUUGAAGUAUUAGCAGUUCUAUAGUAUAAUUACUAUAUCUAUGUCACAUUACUAAAAUAAUUACUGAGAUUCAUUUACUGGUUGCACACUGUUGUCAUGGCUUGUCACUGAUUCUUUGAGCACACAGCUGCUUGCAAGUAUAACAGUGAAAACAGAGGUGAAAUAAAGUUUUAUUUUCAAAAA